AUGCUCGUUCCAGUGCAGCACCCGGCGCGCGAGGCGCGCGUGACAGUGCCACCGAAGGCCGAGAUGGAGUUCGGCAGCCUCGCCAGGAAGCGGCAUCAGCUCGGCAGCAUUGAGGUGCUUCAGAUCUUGGGUUUGCGGCUGAUCCUUCACCCGGCUGGCAGCUGGCUCGUGGAGGUCGAGAGCACCCUUCCAGCAGCGCUUGAGUUCUGGGAGAAGUACAAGGGCAUCCGCCCCGGCGACACGUUGAUCCGGGUGGAGGGACGGGAGGUCGCCUCCAUGGAUGGGCAGGCCUUGGAGAAGCUUCUGCUCGCUCCUCGCUCUGCUAAAGGGGUUUGGCGGCAGCUCGUCUUCAAACGCACGGCUGUGAACCACCUCCGAUGGCUCCGGGAGGGACCCCUCUGCAGCGCAGCGCGCUGGGAGGACACCCAACCUGAGCCCAAGGUGCUCUCCGGGCUGCAGCGCCUGGCUGAGGACCUCCGAGCAGAGGAGGAGCGUCGGAUGAUGCUGGAGAAGCAGACGGUUUUGGCUGAGCAAUUAGCUGCCAAGGUCGCCAUGACGCAGGAGCGGGAGCAGCAGUAUGUCCGGGCUGAGGCUGAGCUUUACGCAGCCAAAAACCUUCGCGAGGAGAAGGAAAAGAAGAUGGAAGCCAUGGUGGAAGAGAUGGCGAGGAGGACAGAGGACCUCGCCUUGCAAAAGCUGGCUACGGAGCAUGAGGUGUUGGAGUCUGAGAAGAAGGCGGAAGCGGAAGUCUGGCGCAAGAAACAGGGAGCCGGGCUCAAGGAGUAUCUGGAGAAGACAUCCACAGAGCUCGCCGCCCUGGAGGCUCAGGAGGACGAGUUGCAAAGUGCCGCGAAAUCCAUACAGGCCCGGAUCGAAGAGCAGCGGCGGGCCAUCGAAACGGCUAGGCUCCGAAAUGCCAAAGCCUCGGAGGUCGCCGAUCAGACAUGGCAGCGCUGCAAGUCUCUGGAACUACGGUUGGAGGCGAGUGAGGCCGAAGCUGCCCGCUCUGCUCGCGAGGAGCAGGCCCUGGCUGCAGCCGUCAGCGCCGAGGAGUCCUCGGCCCAGGCUUUGGAGAGGGAGAGAAGCCACCUGCAGGAGCGGCUGAAGCUCUUCAAGACCAGUGCCUUGAAGUCUUCGAAGGAGCUCGACGAGGAACAGGCUGAAGAGGAGUCCUUGCGGGCCCGACUGGCGGAGAAGCAGCAGGGACAGGAGCAGCGCAGCCAGGCGAUGCAGCACUGGUUUCAGUCAGAGGAGCAUACGCUUGAGGUGGCUCAGCGUCAGCUAGACUUCGACGAGAAGAACAUGAGUCACCAGAUACAGCUCCUACGGAACCAGGAGCAACGCCAACGACAACAGCUGAGGGACCAGGAAUCUCGCGAGAAGACCAAGAUUCUGCAGGAGAUG